AUGGGAGAAGACUUUAAUCGGUGUGAUUUGUGUCGCGCCAAACUCUGCGGUUUCUCGCCACCUGCUGAUUCAACCCCCAUAACAGCGCUGCUCCCGUGUCUUCAUGCUUUUUGUCCGUCCUGUAAAACUAAAUGUGAACAAGCAUCACUGAAUCACCAGACGUUGGUUUGCGAGAUUUGUCACACGGAAUGUCUUCGAUCUCAUGUACUUAAUCUUCCAAAUACAGGCGAAUGUACUAUAAGAAGAUGUGAAUCUGCAGUCUGUCCAGAUAAGCAUCAGGCUACAACUAAAUGUAUUGUUUGCAAUGAAGCUUUAUGUGCUGAUUGCAGUUUAGCACAUCAACGCGUCACCGCAACAUCUUCUCAUUUUUUGCAAACUUUAUGUCCUGUGAUUCCGAAGUGUGUCCGUUGUCGUCUCCAUAGCAAUAUGAAAAUUAUAUCGUUAUGUCAGUGUGGGUCGUAUGUGUGCAUGACGUGUGUCACCAGUAGACUUCAUGAGGGUCCUUCACAUAUGGUAACACCCUUAUCUCAUUUACCAAAUGCUCAUGUCGAUGAGAGUAAAAUUAUGUCUUCAACAGCACGAGAGACAACACACAUCGAUUGCAGUUUAUCAAUGAUACAAGUGCGUAAGAAUGCUUUGAGUGAACGUGUUGCUAAUUUAAAGAAGGAAGUUGGGAAUCAAGUUGUGCAUAUUUGUCAAGCGGUGAUGAGGAGGGGAAAUGACCUGUUGCGGGCACUGGAUGCCGUUCAGUUUUAUAAAGGGCAGGAGUAUGACAAACUUCGUAAUGAGCUACUUUGGCAAAAACGACGAUUCAGUAGAAUUAACUUAUACGCUUCACACAUCAAACAUUUCGACGAUCUCACAACGCUUGUGGUUAUGCGGCAGUUUUUGGAGAACUGUAUCAUAGUUAUUAAAGCAAAGAAAGUUAGUAGUGAGAGAAGUUUGAAUGGCCUGCAGCGUCCAGCGACGGUUCAGUUCAAACCCGAUAUAGAACAAGUUCUAGCAAAUAUCAGUCAGUGGGGGCGGAUUUUUGCCGAAGUCGAUGAUUUAGGAACACUAAAAACUGUAGAAGUUACCCCAACACCUCUCUCUUCAAAUCCCAUAGAUGUUCCAUUGUUCGACACCGCAACGAAUAGAUCGAGAGGAUCUUGUUCAUCGACAAGUAUUUAUGCACAACGCUCAUACCCGAAUAGAUCAGUUAUGCCGAGUACCUCAAAUCCUGUUACUUUGCGACUGCCAGUAUCACAGGAGCAUUCCCGGCUUUUGCAACAGCAACAGUUUCAUGUCCAGGAGUUGGCAGCAAGACAAAUGCAAAAUGCUCGAAGGCAAGGGUUCCCGCAGUCUCAGUUUUUUGGUUCUCUGCUGACUGAAAACUCUCAACGUCCAGGGUCUAUUCAGCUACCAAGCCCACGAUAUUCAUAUCCAUAUGUUUCUGGAUUGACUACGACCGAACGACCAUAUGUUCCUCCAUAUACCCUUCCUGCUGGGCAAAUCCUUCCAUAUACUCAGCGAAUGUUUUUGCCAAAUCCCAUGCCAACUCAACAACCGCCAACAUCAAAUUUAGUCGGAGCAUAUAACGAUAUUCACCGAGUCUCCAAUAUGCAGUUAACAAGUUCACAUUCAGGAAGCAGCUUAUCUGGGGCUCCUCUCGCUCCAGGGUCUCAUGCAAGCUCUCCUCUUAAGCGAUCCGGCGAAUCAUUAAUGCAGACUAGUCGACUUAGUAUGGUUAACCCUUUACCGAUUUCGAGCUCGAAUUCGCUUUCCACUUUUUCUUCUGCUGUACAGACCGUAUCAUCAUCUAGUGCAGCCACGGCGGAUACCCAACCUGCAAGCAGUUCAAACAACUCUAGUGUAUACACUCAAAAUGCUGAUGCAUCUGCAGCACAUGAUGGAUUUGAUGUAUGCUUUAAUUCACCGGUUUCUAAUCGUGGUGUAACAUCUUCGACGCAGCAAAAGUAUGCGCUUAUCAAUUCUGGACCGUCAGCGAGUACAUGUGUUAGCUCGCCACCACCAAAGGACCCCGAACCAGCUCCACUGAAAAUAACAGUUGGCAUCAAAAAAAGUAACAAUGAUGAAAUCGCAAAGGUGUCAAAUAUGUUCAAAACCCAGUUCGAUCAAAGCAAACUGUCGGAUCCAGAACAACUGAGAACUGGAAGUGAGCAGCAGUUCCAAGCAGGAGCUUCAGCAGAUAAUGAUGAAUCAAGAUGGGAUGACUAUUGCUAUGUAUGCCAGCAAGGCUGUGAUGAAAAAACUGGCUCUCUUGGUUGUUGUGCGCGUUGUCCACGAGUUUUUCAUAAUAUUUGUCAUAUCCCAACCAUAAAAGAGCAGAUGGAGAAUUUGCCGGAUGAAUGGGCAUGUUCAUUAUGUACUGAAGCAGAAGCAUUGCACGAAAAUGCGGGUACAAUUGGACAGCGCGAGAGAUUGCUCUGCUCAAAGGUUUUACUAAGUUGCUAUGAAAAACAUUUGGAUGUGGAACCAUUUAGUCAACCUGUACCACGAACUGUCGUUAGUUAUCAUAUGAUCAUCAAGCAACCUAUGGAUUUUUCAACUAUUGCACGACGCUUGAAAGAAAAAUCAAAGGAUGCAUUCACGAACGUUGCUCAGUUUAUCCAGUGCAUGAACUUAGUUUUCGAAAACUGCUCGACCUUCAAUGCACCAGGUGAUGAAGUUGCAAGGGCGGGACGUUCUGUUUAUCAAAUAUAUAGUAGAGCAGUAAAAGAGUAUCUUCCAUGUAUGAAAAGUCAAGUGUGGUUAUAUGUGAAUAGAUAUUCGGAAAAUCGUCAUGCAGGACUAAUGCAAAAAGAGCAGAAUGCCCAGACCUCAUCAUCCACUGUACGGAUGCAUGAAAUGUUGGAAGAGCCUAUCACUAAGAAGCUAAGAAAGGAAGUUAAAAGUGAAUUUAGUGAAAUCACUUGA